CGUCAUUAAACAGGAAGUCACUGUCGACGGUGGUCGAGUAGAAAUAAAGUCCCAUUCACUGAUUCUCAUUUGAACUUAAAUAUGGAUUCUUCUCUCAAGCUGCACUCUGAUUUGGCAGAGGAUGUGGCUACGUCCUCGAGCUUUCGUCAGUUCAAAAUCCAACACUUUCACUUAGAUCUGAAUGUCGAUUUUGAGAAGAAAACUCUGAGAGGUACCGAAACCUUGAAUCUAAAAUGCUUGAAAGGUUCCCAGACUGAACUGCUGCUGGACAUCCACCCCUCACUAUCUCUGCAAGAGGUCUCUUACGGACUGAGCAAAGACGAGUCAGAUUUAGAGAAAGCAGAAUUUUACACGCAAGGCUUUACUACUUAUGGCACUACGCUUGUCGUAAAGUUCCCCACACCUUUUAAAAACGAAGAUGAAUUUCGGCUUGUGAUCAAGUACAUGGCAACUGAUGGACCUGGGGUUUGCUGGCUGGUUCCAGAGCAGACAGCGGGGAAGACCAAGCCUUAUGUGUUCACCCAGGGCCAAGCAGUGCUCAAUCGCUCCUUCUUUCCCUGCUUUGACACCCCAGCGGCCAAGAGCACCUACUCUGCAUCAGUACAGGUCCCCAAUGGCUUCACUGCAGUGAUGAGUGCAAGCAAAUGGGAGCACAGGAAGGCAGACAACACCUUUCUGUUCACUAUGGAGCAGCCUAUCCCCUCCUACCUGGUGGCUCUAGCUGUGGGUGACCUGGUGUCUGCUGAGGUUGGACCAAGGACCAGAGUAUGGACGGAACCAUGCCUGCUGCAGGCAGCGAAGCAGGAGUUUGAUGGUGUAAUCGAGGAGUUCUUGGCAGUUGGAGAGAAACUAUUUGGACCUUAUGUCUGGGGGCGGUAUGAUGUCCUAUUCAUGCCUCCAUCAUUCCCUUUUGGAGGAAUGGAGAACCCCUGCUUGACCUUCGUAACUCCCUGCCUGCUUGCAGGCGACCGUUCACUUGCUGACGUCAUUGUGCACGAGAUCUGCCAUAGCUGGUUUGGUAACUUGGUGACCAACGCAAACUGGGGCGACUUCUGGCUCAACGAGGGCUUCACCAUGUAUGCCCAGCGCAGAGUGUGCAAGGAGCUGUAUGGGGAGGCCUACACAUGUUUAGAGGCAGCAACAGGGAGAGGGUUACUAAGGCAACAUAUGGACAACACUGGAGAAGAUCACCCCCUUAAUAAACUGCGUGUGAUUAUCAAACCAGGUGUUGAUCCUGAUGACACUUACAAUGAGACACCCUAUGAAAAGGGUUUCUCCUUUGUCUCCUAUCUGGCCUAUUUGGUUGGAGACCAGAUGCUAUUUGAUGCAUUCCUUAAGGCCUACGUUGACAAGUUCAAGUUUCGCAGUAUAAUGGCAGAAGAUGCGCUUGAGUUUUUCUUGGAGUAUUUCUCUGACCUCAAAAAGAAGGGAGUCCACAACAUUGAGGGUCUUGAGUUUGACAGUUGGCUCAAUGUGCCCGGUUGGCCCCCAUACGUUCCUGACCUGUCUGCCGGUCAGAGCUUGAUGAAGCCUGCAGAAGAAUUGGCAGAGCUGUGGAGAGCUGAAGUCCUGGAUCUAGCUGGCAUUGGCAAGACAAACAUCCAGUCCUGGAAGACCUACCAGAGUGUUUACUUCCUAGAGAAGAUCUUGGAGAAGUCCCCACUGCCAAGAGGUAAUAUGGAGCAUUUGGAAGAGCAGUACCCUCACAUUGUGAAGUCAAAUAAUGCUGAGCUACGACUGCGCUGGGCCCAGAUUGUUGCUAAAAAUCAGUAUCAGCCUGGAUAUAAACAUGUACGCAGCUUCCUCAGCAGCCAGGGAAAGCAGAAGUACACUCUUCCUGUAUAUCGCGCUCUUUGGAAUGGAUCAGAGGAGACUAAAUCUCUGGCUACAGAGAUAUUCAGUGCCACCUCUCAUCAGCUUCAUGUCAAUGUCCGCAAUUAUGUGAAGAAGAUUAUCACCUAAAGCACAGGCUUGAAGCAUGUGUUUUAAUAAAGAUCAAGAGCUGAUUUAAUCAGAAACACUCAAUGAGAAGCCAUUAGACUGCAACCAGACAGAUAUGAUUUAGUUGAUAAAGGGACAUUUGAAAUAACUGUGUUCAUGUUUAAAACUCAUUGAAUAUGCUGUUUUCUUUCUUUAGGGCUGUAUUACAAAUACAGAGUACACACAUUUUGAAUAAAAUCAUCUGUUUGCAUUUUG